AUGAAGUUCGUCACCGUCGUCGUCGUCACUCUGGCCGGUAUCGCCUCCGCGGCCCCUUACAAAAGAUCCAUCGUCAACGAGGACAGUGUCGUUGUAGGCCGUGACACCAGCGAUGCUGACGUCGCUGAUAUCGAGAACGUGCUUCAGAGCCUCUCCGGAAGAGCUCUCCCGCAGAGCAAGCGGAUCAUCGGCGGUAUCCCCCUUAUCGCCAAGCUCCUGAGUCUGAUGGGCCGUGGCCUCGCCCCCGGCAUCAUCAAGGCCGUCGUUGCGGCCAUCGGCAUGAUUGGUUCUGGCCUCGGAAUCGACGCCGCAAACGACUACCUCGGCCAGGCCACCAACGGCUCGGUCCCCAAUCUGGGAGACUUUUUGGGCGCAAACAACAUGGGCGACCUUCUGUCCGGCAUCCCCGGCCUAGGCGGGCUCACCGGCUCCUCCUAG